CUCUUCUACAUCUGACGACUCAUUCCACAUUUCCACUCUCCGGAACGGCAUGAGCAACAUGGCGGGGGACCCACAGGAUGUCAAAGAAAUUCAAUCCAUCUCCACACCCGAGCCUCGUCCUGAACAGCAACUUAGCAAUGGACGGGCCAACACACCCAGCACCCCGGGCGUCUUCACCUCGUUCGACUGGGAAGACUUUGAGGCCAGGUACCACAAGGCUCUCACAGAUGCCGAUGGCCAGGAACAGGAACUCAUGAAUGAGUUCAACGAGCUGGUCAAGUUCUUCAACAUUUGGGCAGCAUCGUCGAGUGCUCAUGAUACCCAGCGCGCAGUAAAGCGACUUCAAACCCGACAGCGUUUUGUCAAUCUUUCUGAGCAGACCAUGGCGCAACGGCAGCAGCACAUGUCUGAAGUUCUUCAAGCUUUCCAGAGUGCCUUGGCCCUUCUUGGUCAAACCGAUUCUUGAUCACCAAGGCAGGUUUGCGAUGAAGCCAGUGCGUUUAUGCUUGAAAGAUGGGAGUGGGGGCCGGGGUUUUAUGUACGCAGAUGGACCUGUCUGCCACCUCACUCCCUCGAUGCCAAGUCUUGUUAUUGAGCAUCAAAAACGGCGCGAUGUAGCAGAUUUUAUUCUGUCGGG